CUACAUCAUUUCGCGCGUGAUGGGGCAAUUAGGUUUCCCGCCAGCUGUAUUGACACUCAACUGCUACCGUGUUAACCAAGUUGAUCGUAAAGAUUUACAGAAAUUUGUCAAAUUCUGUUACAAUUAUCAUAAGGUUAAAAAAGUAACUCAACCUGCUAUAUCACCAUGAAAGCAGCCGAAGACCAAGUUGUGGAAGAUGAAGGCGGCUACCAAGAUGAAGAGGACUCAUUCUUCCAAGACAUAGACCUUUUACAGAAACACGGAAUUAAUAUGGCAGACAUAAAGAAGCUAAAAUCAGUGGGUAUCUGCACAGUGAAGGGGAUACAGAUGACUACUCGUAGGAACCUAUGCAAUGUCAAGGGUCUCUCUGAGGCCAAGGUGGACAAGAUCAAAGAGGCUGCUGGGAAAAUGCUGACCAAUGGAUUCCUGACAGCAUUUGAGUACAGCGCAAAGAGGAAACAAGUGUUUCACAUCACGACUGGGAGUCUGGAGUUUGAUAAACUCAUUGGUGGAGGUAUUGAGAGUAUGGCUAUCACUGAGGCAUUUGGAGAGUUCCGGACAGGCAAAACCCAGCUGUCUCACACUCUUUGUGUGACCGCCCAGCUACCAGGAGAGGACAGCUACACAGGAGGGAAGGUCAUAUUCAUUGACACAGAAAACACCUUUCGACCAGACAGACUUAAGGACAUAGCGGACAGGUUCAAUGUGGACCAUGAUGCUGUUCUGGAUAACGUGUUGUAUGCUCGAGCCUACACCAGUGAACACCAGAUGGAGCUGUUGGACUUCGUAGCUGCCAAGUUCCAUGAGGAGGGGGGUGUCUUCAAACUUCUGAUCAUAGACUCCAUCAUGGCCCUGUUCAGGGUAGACUUCUCUGGCCGAGGAGAGCUGGCAGAGAGGCAGCAGAAGCUAGCACAGAUGCUCUCGCGCCUACAAAAGAUUUCUGAAGAGUACAACGUGGCAGUGUUUGUGACCAAUCAGAUGACAGCUGACCCUGGGGCUGGAAUGACGUUCCAAGCUGAUCCCAAGAAGCCAAUUGGAGGACACAUCUUGGCUCAUGCGUCCACCACACGUAUCAGCUUAAGGAAAGGGCGGGGAGAGAUGAGAAUCGCUAAGAUAUUUGACAGUCCUGAUAUGCCUGAGAAUGAGGCCACCUUUGCCAUCACUGCUGGAGGAGUAGCUGAUGCUAAAGAGUGAGAGGAGGGAUAGGAUGCACUCGUAGAUACACGCUAACACACAAACAUGCUGAUACACACAUUACACACAUUACACCAUCAUAACCCUUGACCCUCCAUAUUUGCUUAUUUCACAUCUGUUUUAAAUGUGUUUAACUUAUUUAAAACCCUUGUGCUGCCUUCGGGUCAUUGUGACCCACCGUUGUGGUGCAAAAGGUAGGUCACAAUGACCCGAAGGAAGCACAAGGGAUAUUAUUAAGUAACUGAUAAUGUUAUGCUGUAUUAAUUAGUUUAUUGGUAUUUAUUGACGUUAUGAAGUUAUUGUAAUGCUUUCUUAAAUGUAUUCUGAUAAGGUGAAUAAAUCAAAUGUGUAAAACUAAUCAAAUCUAAAACAUUGUCAUCACCACUGUAGUACUCUGGAUUUGUUUCUGAUGUCAAUACUGUAUAGAAUUGAGUUACCAA